AUGACUGUAGAUGGACAGUUCCUACGAGGCAUGGCUGCGUUUCAGCAGGAUGGCGUCAAGUCGUACCGGAAGAUCAACCUGGAGCACCAGGCGGGCGAGGUCUUCUCGGUCAUUCCAGAGACGUCCAACCGCGAGACGCUCUGGUCCGAGCUGUUCCAGGAGAAGGAGCGGGCCAUGAUGCGCAAGCAUCUGAUCUCGCGCGUGGUUUCUUUCAGCGUCAAGGACACCUACCAAAUCUCUGUGCGCAUGCUCUGGACAAAGGACGCCCUUGACCUGUCGAUGCAGACCCUGGAGGCGGACGCGGACCGGCGCAGGCGCCCCUCGAGCGAGGGCCUCGGCACCUCGCGGCGGCGCAGGAACGAGAAGCUGAUGGCGAAGCUGAGGGAUCUGCACGUCGGCGCCACGGGCAAUGAGGGCUUCGGCGGCUCCGCGCCGCACCCCGUCCCCCGCUACGCGGGCGGAGACUAG